AUGGCGUCAACCACUGAAUCUUCAUCACCACCGCAAGAAGCUUCCUUACGCAAUCCGUUUGAUCCAGAUAUCAACACGCCUCCGCGCAAUCGCUUGCACGAAAGAAUCAACAAGAGAAGGUCCAUCGAAGAAAACCAAGACAGAUCACUCAUCCACGGCUUCGAACUUCGACAACACGCCGAAAGGUUUCUCCUAUCCAACGACCUCUCGUCGUUGCAAGAAGCAAUCGAUGAAUACUCUCAAACCAGGAAUCAAUCUUUAUUCACGAUUUUCAAAUCUUUCACACUUCAUUAUCCUAACGCAUUCUCAUUCAAACUCAUCAAAAUCCUCAAACUUCAACCUAAUCUUCAGAGACGAAGCCAAACCGUCGAUCUUCUUAAGGUAGAAUUCAAAAAUCCAACGAGUCGAAUGUGUUCGAUUAUCCUAACUGCAUUAAAAAAUCCGCUUCUUUAUUCGCUUAAGGUAGAAUCCGAAGAAAUUCUGUUUCGUUCGCUGUGUGAGAUGAUCGCUUUAUUCACCGAAAGGCUGUACAUAUUUUCUCUCGGCGGUUGGGAGGAGCUUCUUGAGUAUGUUUGUGAUUGCAUUACCGGCGAUGAGAAAUUGGAGAAUCAGAAAGGGCUUAUGAUGUUAAUGGAAUUUCCGGUGAAUGUUUUUCAAGACAGAGAGUUCUGGCUGAAUCAAGGGAACUUGUAUCGCGUAGUCUUGAGCAUUUCGAAAUAUGUUUCUUCGAUGGAUCAGGAAUUGAAGGCACUGGCAUACGAUUCAUCAAUUUCAUUGAUAUUAUUGUCAAAUGAUUUUCUGAAAAAUGAAGUAUCCAAUUCUCUCUUGCGGAAUUUAUUGAAUAUCAUCGAUCAACACGGAGAAGAAGAGGUUCUGGUGAAUAGGAUUAAUCGUUUGUGGGAAUUAGUUAAAUUGGAUGAUGGAAGUAUCUUCAUGGGGAAACAUGGUGAAGUGUUUUGGUGCAUGAUUCGAGUAGCGGAGGUAGAAGAUGUGAGCGAGGAAUUGAAGAUUGUAUCUUUUAAUGUUAUCAAAGACCUCUAUGAUGGGAAUGUGAUCACCAAUCUUUCUCGUGAGGAAUUGAAGAGAGUCCUUGUAGUUGCCAUAAACAUGUUGUCGUGUAUUGUUGAUGAUCCUCUUUGGUAUGAUGUGGACCAUGAGAAUCGUCUUACUGCUGGAAUGGCAGAUGCUUAUUAUCGUGGGGUCUUCUUGUGCAAUGCACUCUGUUUUGAUGGGGAUCAAGGUGUGUUUGUUCCCAUGGCAAUUGAGACAAUAACAAUGAAUUAUGCAUCAAAUCUUGAUUGGAAGCUUCGUCAUGCAGCAAUAUUUACCAUUGGUUGGAUUGCAGAGAUAAACUUCAAAGGGGACAUGAUACAGUACUUUGACCAAGUUGCAAGUCUGGUCCUUAAGUUACUUGAUGAUCUGAACCCCCGUGUACUUUGGGCUACCAUGCAAGCAAUUAAUUGCUUGAGUGAAUAUAAGGAUCAAUUAAUGCUUGCUGAAUAUCACUUGAAGUUUUUGGCUAAACUAGUUCCGAUCAGUAUAAGUAACUCUUGUACUUGUUUACAGUUAUAUGCUGUUACUGCCAUUCAUUCCUUGGUAAAACAAUGUGGCUUAGACAAAAUAUCAACUUUUGGGGAACCAAUUAUAGAAUCAUUACUUGUACUUCUUAAGCAUGAAAAGCAGAAGAUACAGGUUGAAGCUAUCGAUACCCUGAAAUCGUUUGCAGUUUUAACGCCGGAAACUUUUCGCCAAAAUUAUUACGAAACAACGGUGGAAGCACUGAAAGUCAUUGUGUUUGAUGAGCAUAGUUUACCUGGACCGUUGAUCUCUGCAAAAUGUCUAGAAUGCAUGGUAUAUCUUGUUAGGAAAGUUGGGCCAGAUAAUUUUAAAGAGCAGGAAGCUGAUCUGGUCAUGGAAUCUCUAAUAUCACUUGAUGGAAAAUUGAGCAAUACAGAAUACUUAGCAAAAUGUAUCAUCGUACAGGCUCUGGAUCAAAUCUGUCGAUGCCCAAGUGUGAGUAUUGACAAAUUUAUACAUAAACUUGUGCUGAUGUUGCUUGGAUCCACUCAACCCCAUCUUGACUUAGCGGUUGAUAAGUUCAAGGAUGACAAUGAUAAGCAUUUAGUUGAAACCAUGAUAGUUCAGGCUUGUAAUACGUUCUCAUAUUGUGCUGUUCGGUCAUCUAUAAAGUUUUCCCUUCACACUGGCAAGGUCACUGCAAUGUUUGUGCGCUUGCUUGGUUGUUCUAGUUUUCAAAUUCGCAAGGCUUCUAUUUUAGGUCUUCCAAACCUAUUACUCUCACUUAAAGUAGCUGACAAAAAGAUCGACGCUAAACGAGGUUUGACUUUCUUCGUUGUGCAAGCUCUGCUUGAAGCGUUGAAGAAGGAGACUGACAAGGGUUUCUUUUUGAACAAGACUGAUAAGGUUUUCUAUACAAUAGUAUUGAGAAUUCUCGCCAGAUGCAUUCAGACCUCUUCUUCAUUUGUCAAUGAUCAAUUGAUCAAGGUUAUUGCCGACGGGAUAAAUGAUACAGCAAGAAAGAUUAUUAAAAUUGAAAUAGAGAAAGCACAAGAAGUGGUCGCUUCAGAAGAUAGAUGUGAAUCUUUACCAACAGAAGAUACACUUCAGAGUAGAAAACAUAAUCAGACUUUUUACUCAUCACAGGAGGUAGCUAACUUAAUAGCAACAACAAUCGACACACUCAGAGACCGAUUCAUACUACAUGUCGAUGACCUCAUGUCAAACGCUGUUGUGUUUUUGGCUGAUGACAAUCCAGAUAGACCAAUAGCUUUUGCAAUUUCCAUUUUUAACGUUACCUUCCCACUAUUCCCAGACAAAUUGCCACCGUAA